AACUUUCCUAGUCCAUAUUCUAUUUGAUAAUCGGUGCCUUAAACCAAAGCCCUAUCCUCACCCGCCUGAUUUUCUAUCGCAAUCUGCAUCCUGAAUUGCAGCUUGAAGUUGAAUCCAUCGAUAAUAUGCGACUUCCUUUUCCGAGGAAAAGUCUGCUGUCUCAAGAGUGCGUGUGUGUAGGUAGUUACACGGCCUUGAUAAGAUGGGGUAAGUCAUGUCUGAGGUGUGUGAUAAGGCGGGGUACCGCUUCCGGUGCAGGAGAGAGUGCAUUUCGGCGUGGGGUGUUUUGUCCGGGAAGCGGCCGACGACGACGGAAUGAGACAAGAUCAUUGAGAAGUGAGGAAGGGUCACAGGCUAUUGGAAGAUAUCGCCUCGUCUUGCACGCCGGCCUCUCAGCUGGCUGUUGGCGUUUCUCAGCUCCUCCGGGGUGCGCGGGGCUCCUGUUGUCACCACACAAGCCACAACGCACCGAGCUGCGCUUGUCCAUACUCUGUACACAGCUGCUUCGCGCGCAUCACACCCAGUCACUUGGUACAGAUACAGGCGCAUGCUUUUACCUGCCCGCUUCCCCGCCACGUUCCCCAUUUCGACAUGGCCGAGCAAGCAGGUAAACCUAACGUGAUGCUCCUGCGCCUCGGGUUCCUGGCGUAAUGCUAAAAGGCUGAGCCUUGCGCACCUGGGGCCUCUCGCCAGUUCCAACGGCGGGAGCCGUCCUGC